AUGGGUCCGUUCCCUUCCUCUUAUGGGAACAAGUAUAUUCUGGUUGCUGUGGACUAUGUCUCCAAAUGGGUGGAGGCUCUUGCUUCUCCAACUAAUGAUGCUCGUGUGGUUAGUAGAUUUUUCAAGAAAACUAUUUUUCCUCGCUUUGGCAUUCCACGGGUUUUGAUUAGUGAUGGAGGUAAGCAUUUUCUGGAGAAUAAAUUUCAAGCUAUGCUUAAGAAGUAUGGUGUGCAUCAUAGGGUUGGACUUUCAUACCAUCUACAAACUAGUGGCCAAGUGGAGAUUUCCAACCGUGAGAUAAAAACUAUCCUAGAGAAGACGGUUGCGAGAACGCGAAAAGAUUGGGCUCCUAAACUUGAUGACGCAUUAUGGGCUUACAUGACAUCAUUCAAGACCCCUAUAGGUACCACCCCCUAUCGUCUUGUUUAUUGGAAAUCAUGUCAUCUUCCUGUUGAGUUAGAGCAUCGCGCAUUCUGGGCUAUUAAGAGCCUCAAUUUCGAUUCUCAAACGGUGGGUGAGAAGAGACUCCUUCAACUUACUGAACUUGAUGAGCUUCGUCUUGAUGCUUAUGAAAGAUCUAGAUUGUACAAGGAGAAAACUAAGAGAUGGCAUGACAAGGGCAUUGUGCGAAGAGAGUUCAAGGAAGGAGAUUUGGUUCUUCUUUUUAAUUCUCACCUGAAGCUAUUUCCUGGUAAACUUCGUUCGCGUUGGUCGGGUCCAUUCAAAGUUUGUAAGGUUUUUCCUUAUGGUUCAGUGGAGCUUUGGAACCGUCAAGAUGUCACUUUCAAGGUAAAUGGCCACAGAUCGAAGCAUUAUCGAGCUGGAGAUCCUAUUGCUGAGAGAGUUGACGUCAUACUCUCCAUCCCUUCAUCUGAGUGA